AAUUUUCGCGUUCGCGAGGUUAGGGGCAGCCGACCCACGCUCACUGUGAUUUGCGGCUGGAGCUCGCUCGGCAUCGAUCGCGGGUGUGUCCGCUCUCACCGUGCAGAGCAAUUCGGUGCUUCUACGCGCCUAAUUCUGGCUUCAGGAGCGCCUCGGGAUACAGCUGGAGCUGCUGGGGCGACUCGGGCUGCUGGGGCAGUUGGAGCGGCGGGCACGCCUGAUCAUAUUGAUGGUCGAGUCGACUCCCUUGGUGAAUCCAAGAGAAGCGGUGACGCCUUGUCGGUUGAGGAUCCUACUAGGAGCCUUACAAGUACUGCUGAUAGUACCACUGCUAGCAGUGGUGCGAGUAUUCUGGUGCAGGGGUUGGAAGGGCGGUCGUGGGCGGAGAAGGCGCAGCAUGCGCGCAAGCUGCUGGCGGGGCUGCUGGCGCUCUCCCGCCCGCACAACUUCCUGCCCUCCGUGCUGCUCGUGCUCCUCGGCGCGUUCCUCGGCGCCUCAUCCGCGGGCAGCGGCACCGCGGCCAUGACUGCUGCCACUGCCAACAUCAGCGCUACAGCUGCUGCUGCUGCUAAAACCGCUGCUGCUACAGCCGCCACCGCAGCAACUGCCACCGCUGCAGCGAGCCUCCCUGCCCUUCCCGUGUGGCUGUCCCCGCGGGUGCUGCUGGUGGCGGCGCUAUCCGGCAGCAUCGCGCUGGCGUCAAUGGUGGUCAACGACGUGUUUGACUGGCAGAUCGGGUCUGACCGAGUCAACUCGCCCGCCAAGCCCCUCGUGUCUGGCGCCGUGCACCCAUAUGAUGCGGAGCUAGCUGCAGGCUGCCUCUACUCCCUCAUAGUCCUCGCAGCCUGUCAGCUGGAGCCCUUGCCUCUCCGCAUGCUGGUGGCGGGGGCGGCAGUCGGCACGUAUCUCUACACCCCGUUCCUCAAGAGAAUCACUCUGGUUAAGAACGUCUCAGUCGCUGCAAUCAUUGCGUCGUCGUUGCUUGCUGGCGCUCUUGCUGCUGGAGCCUCUUUCUCCGCCCUCUACCGUGCGUCAGGCGCCUUUCUCUUCCUCUUCCACGCGCUGCUGUAUCGAGAGGUGCUUAUGGACGUCGCUGACGUCACUGGUGACGCCAGCGCAGGCGUGCCGACGCUUGCGGUGCGGCUGGGGAAGCAGAGGGCGGUGAUGGUGGCGUGCGGCAUGCUGGUUCUGGCGCAUGCUGCAGGGUCCGUCCCUUGCCUCGUUGUGCCCACCGGCCCCAAGUCACAUCGUCGCAGCCUGGCGCUCUCCGCGUCACUCGACCUGCUCGAGAGCGCCAUUCGCGUUCGCGCGGGGCCGCUGAAUCCGACUGGAGGGCGAUUGAAGCGGGCCGACCAGUGCAGACCGCACCAAUCAACUCCCCUCCCUGCUCUGCCCCCCUCUCGUCCCUGCUCGCCCUCCCCUGCAGCCAAUGACGUCAUCCGCGGGGCGUCAGGCCAAGACGUGUCCGCUACGUCGCCGCCGGCGGUGGCGACGGCGAUCGCGGUGGGCAGCACCUUCGCGUUCAACUUCACGGCGGCGCGCUGCACCAACCUGCCCACCACCGCCUCCUCCGCCACCGUGCAGUGGACGUCCGCCGCCGCCGCCACCGCCAAUGUGCCCGCGUGCGAGAACGUCACCUUCCUGACCGGCCCUGAUUGCACCGGGGUCGUCGCGUCUUCCGUCGCCAAGCCUUCAAGCCCGACCACCUACACCAGCCGAGCCAUUCUCCCCUAUCCGUAUCCACUGUCGGCUCUCUGCUUUAUCGCGGGAGACGCUGCGUGGUGGCCCACGGAGGUGGCGGCCAGGGUGGUGGUGGCGACGGCUGUGGCAGUGGGCGCCUACAAGGUCGCCUUCGACCCCUCCUCGCGCUGCGCCACCGUGCCCGCCGGCACGGCGCCCGCUGGCGUGAGCACGCCUGUGGGCGUGCAGUGGGGGAGCAGCAGCAGCUUGGCGGGGGGCGGGGCGAGUGCGCGGUGCAACGUGGUGUCGUUCUUCCCGGGCGCCAGCUGCGACGGCGCCGUCAUGCAGCACUUGUACUCCUUCUCCAGCAGCAACCCCACGUCCAUCACACCUUCAACAUACAGCCCACUGACAACAGUUCGCUGCAAAUUCUCCUCCAACACGGCAUGCAAGUACGCCACAUGCCCCGCCAACUCGGUGUGUGCGGAGACAAACGACAACAGGGGAGCCACCUGCCGCUGCCAGGAGGGCUUUAUUGGCGUCAACGGCACCUGCCAAGACAAGUGCAAUCUCGACUGCAUGGCCAAUUCCCGUUGUGUGAGGGACGCGUCUGGGGCCCCGGAUUGUGUGUGCAACAAGGGAUUUCAGUAUUCUCCUGACAGCAAUACCUGCGUUGACAAGUGCGAUUCGGUGAAUUGUGGGCCCAACGGCAAGUGCAUUAAGGAUGCAGAUGGAAAUCCUACCUGUGCUUGCAACGCUGGCUUCCAGAUGCCUCCCGACAACCUCACUUGCGUUGACAAGUGUGAGUUGGUGACAUGCGCUGCCAACUCCCGCUGCAGCAAGGAUGCAAGUGGGAACACAACUUGCGAUUGCGUCACCGGCUUCGAGAGGCUUCCGGGCAACGACACUUGCGUUGACAAGUGCGCUUCAGUGAAUUGCCAGCCCAACAGCACGUGCAAGAAGGAUGCAAACGGAAUUCCAGCCUGCAGUUGCAACACUGGCUUCACGCUGUCUUCUGACAAGCUCACUUGCAUUGACAACUGUUUUGGGAGGACUUGCGGUUUGAACGGCAAGUGCGUGAAGAAGGAAAACGGAGAUCCAACCUGCGCGUGCAACACGGGCUACCAGAUGGACACUGACAGAUUCUUGUGCAUCACAACGCAGUGCUACGCGUUAGGCUGUGGACUAGAUGGGGAAUGCGUGAAUGACAUCAAUGGGAGACUUUCGUGCAGAUGGAACUCACCCUGUGGCAGCUGCCCCACUGGAGCCGUCUGCAAAACCAUCCAGGUCACAACUCAGGUUACUGCUACUGUGCCAUACUGCCAGUGUCGUUCCGGCUAUGGCAUGACCUCAACAGGCUGCAUCUACGGUGCACCUGACCAAGUGAUUCCCUACAGCAUCACGCUCUUCAAGGAUCGUACCGCCGCUGGCAACGCAUCCAAGCCCUAUACCUUCCGCUUGAAAUACGGCUGCACUCAGUUUCCAGAGGGGCUGGCUGGAAAUUUCAAGACUUGGUACGAAGUGGAUUACAUCAAUAAUGCUCUCGGUUGUCGCGUUUGGCGAUAUUACACGACGGAUAACUGCACCUCGAGCCCUGCGCGGAGUGGAACCAUUUACGCUACAACGAUGUAUGCAAAUGCAUAUAGGGAUAGUGCGACUCCCUUACCAAUCCGCUCUUGGUGGUGCGGUAGCUGA